UCGCCCACGAGUCGACGACCGCGGCGCAGCAAGUUUACGUGGAAACACCUCUCGACCCUCGCACAUUCGGCCACAAAUUGUCCAUUGCGCGUGAUCGCGCACAUUGAUUUGGAUGCCUUUUACGCGCAAUGCGAGAUGGUCCGGCUGGGCAUAGACAAGGACCAACCUCUGGCGGUACAGCAAUGGCAGGGUCUCAUCGCCAUCAACUACCCGGCUCGGGCAUAUGGUCUCAACAGACAUGUCACCAUUACCGAGGCGAAGGAAAAGUGUCCGGAUAUCAUCUGUCAGCAUGUGGCGACGUGGAAGGAAGGUAAUGCUACGUGGGAAUAUGCGGAUGAUGCUUUCAAGGAGAUUGCUAUUCGAAAGGUCAGCUUGGAUCCGUAUCGGAUUGAAAGCAGAAAGAUUUUGAAGUGUAUUAAGGAUACUUUGCCUGCUGAUAAGCAGAGGGUGGAGAAGGCGAGUAUUGAUGAGGUGUUUUUGGAUUUGUCUGCUCAGGUUCAUGGGAUUCUGUUGGAGAGAUAUCCGGGAUUGAAGGGACCGCCGCCUUAUGAUGACCCCUCAGAGCCAUUGCCGAAGCCGCCUACUACUGUGUUGGAUUGGAAGGCUGAUGCGUUGGUGGACUUGGAUGAAAAAUAUACUGAGGAGGAUGAUCCGGACUGGGAUGAUAUCGUCGUUUUGCUGGCAUCGGAGAUUGUGCGGGAUGUUCGAGCUGCGGUCUUCAAACAGCUGAAUUACACCAUGUCAGCUGGGAUCAGCAGGAAUAAAAUGCUAGCAAAGUUAGGCUCUGGCCACAAAAAGCCCAAUUCGCAGACUGUAAUUCGAAACCGAGCAGUUCAGCACUUCUUGUCUGGAUACAAAUUUACCAAAAUCCGCAGCCUCGGUGGCAAGCUGGGAGAUCAGAUUGUGGCCGCCUUCAAUACGGAUACUGUUGCAGAGCUAUUGCCAGUGUCUGUUGAACAGCUGAAAAAACAGCUGGGAGAUGAGACGGGAUCGUGGUUGUAUGAUAUCUUACGAGGUGAAGAUAACAGUGAGGUCAACCCGAGGACCCAGAUCAAAUCAAUGCUGUCUGCCAAGUCCUUCAGACCUUCCAUCAACAGCUUCGACGUCGCUUGCAAGUGGCUCCGCAUCUUUGUAUCAGACAUUUACGGCCGCUUAGUAGAGGAGGGCGUGCUGGAAAACAAGAGGCGGCCCAAAUCGAUCAAUAUACAUCAUCGACAAGGCCAACAGACACGGAGCAAACAAGCGCCUAUUCCCAUGGGCAAGACCAUAUCAGAAGACAUCCUCUUCGAUUUAGCCAAGAACCUCCUCGCGCAAGUCAUUGUCGAUGGGAGAGCUUGGCCGUGCGCAAACUUGUCGUUAUCAGUCGGAGGAUUCGAGGAUGGUGUUACUGGCAACAUGGGAAUCAACUCCUUUCUCGUGCGUGGUGAAGAGGCCAAGGCGAUGCGAGCUGCCAGUUUCCAGCGCGAAGAGUCGUCUGAGAAAGCUCCCUCCAAAAAGAAGCGACGCAUCAAGUACGGAGGCACGCCUAUUGUCUUUGCUCAUAAAUACAACAGCUGGGGCAGUGAUGUUGACGAUGAAAACGAUGAAAACGAUGACGAUGACAAUGAGGCUGCUGCACCCCCUGCUGGAAUAUCUGCAGACUACGAUGACCAAGAAACUACCAACGCAGCCCUCCCUCCCUCUGCACAGCACGCCCAGAAUGAGCCAUCGCGUAUUCCCGCGUGGGCACAACAACAUCAACACCACCACCACCACCGUCCAUCCACCAACCCACCCGAUCUCGACAACGAAGAGAGCGAAACAGCAGCAGCUGCUAUUGCUACAGACGAAGAAACUUAUACGUGUGAACGCUGUCACAAGCGACUCCACCACCAAGAUCGCGCUGAACACGACGAUUUCCAUUUCGCACAAGAUUUGCAGCAGCAACAGCAGCAGACGAGUCCUGGUCGCCGUCCACCACCCAAGCCUGUGCGGCCGCCGGCCCCCUCUUCUUCUUCGAAACAGAAACAGAAACCAAAGGGUAGGGGAAGACCGGUGAGUAAUGGAGUGGGACCUCCUGAGAAAGGGCAGAGGCGGUUGGCGUUUGGGUGA